AUGGCAACAACAACAACAGAUAUUGAUGACAAAACUAAUCAACACAAUUUUGCAGAACAUAAUAGAGAUCAUUUCAAUGAAAAUGCAGAAUCUUAUGAUAAACAUCCAUACGUAGAUUCGAUAGUGACUAAAUGUGCAAAUGCUAUUUUGGAAAGGGUUGGAGAUAAAUUCGACGAAGAAAAAACUGAGGUGAUGGAGUUUGCUUGUGGAACAGGUUUAUUAUCACAAAAAUUAUGCUCUCAUGUAAAGUCAAUUCUUGGCGUAGAUAUAUCGCAAAGUAUGGUGGAUGUAUAUAAUAGGAAAGCAUGGCAACAAGGUAUUCCCAAAGAUGAGAUGGAAGCUAUUUGUUUGGAGUUAAGCGAAGGCGAUCAAUUAAAUGGAAAAAAAUUUGAUUUUAUUAUUUGUGCAUCAUCGUAUCACCACAUUGAUGAUGUAUCAACAAUCACUAAGCUUUUAUCCACUUACCUGAAACCUGGUGAUGGACAACUGAUUGUUCUCGAUUUGAAAAAAAAUCUUCAUUCAAAGAAAUUUCAUGAGGGAAAACAUGGACAAGAAAACCAUGUUCAUAACGAUGUGAAUCAUAAAAGACAUAAAGACAAUGUUGAUAACGUUGUGGCUCAUAAAGGUGGGUUUGAUCCGGAUGAGUUGAAGCAAGUUUUCGUUGAAACUGGUCUAUUGAAAGAUGUUGAGGUUGAGGUGGCUUUUCGACUUGAAGAUAAAGAUUGUACUUUAGAAUAUUUAAUUGCUAGGGGAAAAAGGGGUUUUCCUUUGGACUAA